UUAAUUAUUAAAACUAUUAAUAAAAUUAAUUAUUUUUUACGCUCCAAUCGCGAAAAAGCUAUUUUUAAUAUAGAGUCCGUUGACACCAAUAUAAUAAAUUAUUUUUUCAGUAAUUUUUACAUUUUUUAUUACAAGAUCCACGCGAACAAGAACUUUUUGAUAUGUCCAGCAGAUUUAAGCCAAAACCAACAGAAGUCAAAAGUCCAGAUCCAGCCAAAGACGUCAAAAGUCCAGUUCCGGUUAGGGAUACAAAAAAUCCGAUACUCACAAAAGAUACCAAAACUGCAGCUCCCACCAAAGAUACUAAAACCACAAUUCCUUCAAAAGAUACUAAACCCACACCUCCCACAAAAGAUACUAAACCUACCACCCCUUCAAAAGAUAGCAAAAGUACAGCGCCCACGAAGGAUUUUAAAACGCCAGUACUUGCAAAAGAUUUGAAAACCCCGAGUACAAUGAAAGAUUUGAAAAAUGCAACUGCACCCAAAGACCAAAAACCUUCAAAAGAUGAAAGAAAUUCAAAAUUUGAUAAAUACACGAAAGACGGCAAAGAGACUACAUGACUCCGCCUAGCGAAAGAUGCCGCUACAGGACCGACAAGUCUCCAACAUUUCCUUACAACAGAAAAAAAUUGUUGGACUUUCUUGAAAAAGUGGCGAAAGAAGAUAAAGAUUGGGAGGAAGAAAAACCUUACACAAAAGAAAAAAGAGGAAAAAUAUGGAAACCAAAGAAAGAAGAAAAAAUAAAAUUUCACGAAGACGAGAGCAAAGCCACAGAGUGGGAUGAAAUUUUGUUUAAGGCAUCAGAAGCUGAACUUGUUGAUUUGGCUGCCAUCCUCGGUUUCCAUGGCAUGCUCAACCAAGUGCAGUACCAUCAGGCCUUCGUCGAAGGGAAACAAAGCAAUGAUGCUGCUGGAUUCCAAAGCAUCGCCAAGUAUGCUGAAUUCAAAUUUUUCGAAGAAGACCCGCCAAACGAAGUAGACAUUGAGGAUGUCAUUAAAAAACUUGAAGACAACGACAAAAAACUAACCGAACUAAAUUUAAACAACGUAAAAGAUCUAACAAUACCUGAUUUGGUGGAGGUGGUGGCUGCAUUGAAAAACAACACGCACCUGACGACACUGAGCAUGGCCAACACACGAGCCACCGAUAAAGUAAUUAAGGCAUUAAUUCCAGUGCUGGAGACGAACAAGACGUUGAAGGUGGUAAACGUGGAGAGCAAUUACAUCAGUGGACAGGCCAUCGUCCAACUUCUGAGCACCAUCAACAUCAACCAAGUCGUCGAAGAACUCAGAGUUUCUAAUCAGAGACCUUUAACAUUGGGCGUGCAGAACGAAAUGGAGAUUGCUAAACUGGUGAAGAUGAACGGAAGUCUUCUGAAAUUCAACGUCUUCCUCAAUAUCGUGACAGCCCGCCUGCUUGUGCAGCGCUACGUUCAACGAAACAUCGACAACAUCCGCAGGAAGCGUGUAGGCAAGGAUUUGAUCCUACCGAUGGAGGACGAGAAGCCGUACUACCUGCAGGACCAACAGGAGAGCAAGUCGCGCGCCGCCGAUGAAGUGGAUGAAGAUGAUGUUUCCAGCGAUGAUUCAGACAGUGAGGAGGAAGAGGAGGAGUGAGGAUUUGUUGAGUCGUCUCCAUCAAAUGAACAUGCCAGAAAGUCAUCAUACCGGUCAUUAUCGAACUUUUGAACUUACCCCACUAAUCCUGGUCACAAACUUUUUGAUCAAAAAUUCAAAACUAUAAAUUAAAAAUUAAAUAUGUACAUAAUGGCAGAUUUUUCACACAAAAUAAUUUGGUAUUUACUAAUUUGUAAAUUUCACAUUUUUGUUUCAUGGAAAGUUGAAAAAUUACAGCUUCUAUGUGAUCAUAUCAUAAUAUUGGUAUUCAUAACAUGAAUAUUAACAUUAAAUUUUUAAUUCAGAUGAAUGCACUUAGUUGAAACCAUUCUACUAAUAAAAACUUUACUACUUCAGCGUUUUCAUUAAACAAUAAAUUUUCAACGUAACCAA